UGGAUCAAUUUCCUUGUUUUGUAUCCCAGGACCUUGAUGCACAGAACUGGAUUAAACGGUCAAUAACCAUUGGACAGAGUCUGCCAUAGGAAUAAAUUGAGGACCCAGGUACACGAACACACACACACCAUCAUUCCUGAUGGCGCUUGAGAACUCUGCUUUCACCUCGAGGCCAGAGUCCCUCUCUCUCCCCGUGGUGGAGAAAGGGGAGGUGCUGGUGGAAGAGGCUACCGAGGUGGCGGCGUCCACCGGAGUGUUUCAUGUGUCCGAGGAACUGGGCCAUGUGGUUACCACAGAUACCGCCCAGCCCUCCGCUAACAGAUCGUGGAAGUCCAAGCUGGCAGAGAGGCAGGCCAAUGCAGCAUCUGAUGAGUACGUUAAGAAGCUGCCCCGGGUGGUGGAGAAGGAGAGGGGCAGAUUUGGCUGGGGUGAGUAGUAGUGCUGUUAACUUUAACUGCGUCCCAAAUGGCACCCUAUUGGCAUCCCAUAGGGCUCUGGUCAAAAGUAGUGCUCUUUAUAGGGAAUAAGGUGCCAUUUGGGGGACACACUUUCUCUCCCGGGACUAUUCUUCUUUUCUGCCCUGAGAGAUUGUUGGUGCCGCGAGAGUGAAUCUAUCUAAAAGGAGAGGUUACUAAGCAACCGUCUGACAGUGUUCUGUGACCAAUGUAAGAGAGAAAAGGUUUUGUGUUUGGCUUUGAAUGAUUUACACUGACAGACUGUCUGCAUCACAAAUGGCACCCUAUUCUCUAUAUAGUGCCCUGCCCCUGGUCAAAAGUAGUGCACUAUAUAGGGAAUAGGGUGCCACAGUCUGCAGAUAGGGGGUUAUUGACUAUGCACUCUAAAUAUUAUUUUCUCUACCUCCACACUCAUUGACCGAACAUGUGUACUUCCUCCCUCCUUAUUCCCCUCCUCCAGCAUCUCCUCCUCCUCCAGCAUCUCGUCCUCCUCCUCCUCCUCCUCCUCCAGCAUCUUCUCCUCCUACUCCUGUGCAAAAUGUCUGUUCCUUUGGUUUCUCCCUCAGUGAUUUGGAUAUUCUCACAACAACCCCUCUGUCUUCCUAUUACUAAGUGCCUUUAGUUCUACUGUCGAUACGUCACCUAGUGACUCAACUCUCCUCGAUGGCUGCUGGCUCUCACUCACUGUACCCCUCCUCCCUCUCUCUCUCUCUCCCUCUCUCUCCCCUCUCUCUCCCCUCUCUCUCUCGCCUGGCUCCCUGCCUGCAGCUAAGAGACGUAAGAGGCAGCGCUAUGUGGAGAAGAAUGGCAGAUGUAACGUGUCACAUGGCAACAUGAGGGAGACGUACCGUUAUCUGACAGAUAUCUUCACUACCCUGGUGGACCUCAACUGGCGCUGCUCUCUUUUCGUCUUCGUUAUGGCCUACGCCAUCACCUGGCUCUUCUUCGGAGCCAUCUGGUACCUGAUAGCUUACCUCAGGUGAGAGAGACAGAAAGCAGGCCAGGACAGCACUCCCACAAAGCAUGCCAGGGGACACUUGGGAUGCGUCCCAAAUGACACCCUAUUCCCUAUUAUCCGCUCAGUCCCACAGCACUACUUUUAUGAAUAUAGUCACACUUUUUAGAAUGCGUCCCAAAUGGCACCCUAUUCUCUAUACACCCUAUUCCCCUAUGGGCCCUGGUCAAAAGUAGUGCACUAGGGAAGAGGGUGCCAUUUCAGACACAUCCAUGGUAUCACUGUCUUGAGAGAAUCACUCUAGAUCAGGGGUCCCCAAUUACAUUCAGCUGUGGGCCGAUUAUUCUUCUAAUGGGCGGUCUGGAGCCCGGAACAUAGUUAUAAAUAAUUUGUACACUGCAAAUUGACUGUAAGAAUCCCAAACAGAUAUAUUUGACAAAAACAGUAUAAUUUCAAACCUUGAUUACAUUGGGAUACGAUCACAUAUGCCUUUAUGCGUAGGAAUACUUGGGAACAGAUUUCCUAAAUUAAAAUCACUUUACUACGAUUUACUGGUGAUUAUACAGUCUUUUAUGUCCAUCAACAAAAAUAAUGAAAAAUAAAUAAAUACAUUUUGCUCAGAAAAUUUGGGGGCCAAAUAUAAUCACUGCCUAUUGGGGAACCCAGCUCUAGAUGAUGCAAUGUAUUCUCUGUAGAGCAAGUGGAAGUAUAUUAGUCAAUGGAUAGUUUUUUUCACAUCCUACAUUUUUGUCACCUCUUUGCUUCUUUCCUUCUCUCCCCUUCACUUUCCCUCCCGCCUCCCACCCAGAGGGGAUCUAGAUCAUCUGGAAGAUGAGACAUGGACACCGUGCGUCAACAACGUGAACGGAUUCAUCUCGGCCUUCCUCUUCUCUAUCGAGACAGAGACCACCAUUGGUUACGGCUACCGUGUCAUCACUGACCAGUGUCCAGUGGGCACCAUGCUGCUCCUGCUCCAGGCCAUACUGGGAUCUAUGGUCAAUGCCUUCAUGGUGAGACACAUGGUCUGCAUCUCAAAUGGCACCCUAUUCCCUCUACUUUUGAUCAGAGCCCUAUAUAGUACAAUACUUUUGACCAGAGCCCUAUGUAGUGUACUAUUUUUGACCAGAGCCCUAUGUAGUGUACUAUUUUUGACCAGAGCCCUAUGUAGUGUACUAUUUUUGACCAGAUCGUUAUAUUGCAGUGGCAUGUAUUCUUGGAUGUCAAGGGAAGCCAGGCUUCCCCCCCAAAAAAAUCAGUGUUUCAUGAUUUUCCUUCAAUUUGCAAGAGGCUGAAUGUAUCUCACCGGAGAAAGCAUCCGAGCGAGCGAAACAGCGCCCCUCUGUCUCUGUAUUUGUAGCCCAUCUAUCUGAAGCUGUCUGGUCAAAAAGAGUAGGACAUUGUUGCUGCCCAUAACAUUGAAUGCAAGGGAAGCCAGCAAGCAUUUGGCCUCCCUUGGCGUUUCUGUACAAGUACAGUGAGUCAACAUGUUUUUCUACUUGCACGAACACACACACAGAAAUCAGAACCAUUGACAGUCACAUCAUGCUUACGUUGAUUAGACUCAAUUGUUUUUGGUAUCUUUUAGUUGUCACUGUAUUAGACUAAGCAUAGGUGAUUUGAUGAUGUUGAAAUGGUGCUGGAUUAGUGGAGGCAGCUCCAGUUUAAUUUGUGACUUGAUGGAAUUCUCCAUGUUUCUAAAUCAAUAGUUGUUUAGUAGUCCGAAAAUGUCGUAAACAUUAACUUGCUUGACCAUGCUGUAGGUCAUGUACAGUUGAGGGAUAAACGUAUUUGAUCCCCUGCUGAUUUGUACGUUUACCCACACUGACAAAGAAUGAUUCAGUUAUUAAUUUUAAUAGUAGGUUUAUUUGAACAGUGAGAGAUAGAAUAAACAAACAACAAAAUCCAGAAAAAUGCCAUGUCAAACUGUUUGUUAUAAAGUUGAUUUGCUUUUAAUGAGGGAAAUAAAGAGUUGGACCCCUCGCAAACAUUACUUAGUACUUAGUGGCAAGGCCUUGUUGGCAAUCCACAGGGUCAGACGUUUCUUGUAGUUGGCCACCGGUUUGCACACAUCUCAGUGCCCUGGCUGAGGGAAGGAGAUUCUCACCCAAGAUUGGACGGUACAUGGCCCCGUCAUCGGCCCUUUGGAUGCGGUUUGAAGUUGUCCUGUCCCUUAGCAGCAGAAAAACAACCCAAAGCAUAUGUUCCAACCUCCAUGUUUGAUGGUGGGGAUGGUGUUCUUGGGGUCAUAGGCAGCAUUCCUCCUCCUCCAAACACGGCGAGCUGAGUUGAUGCCAAAGAGCUCAAUUUUGGUCUCAUCUGACCACAACACUUUCACCCAGUUCUCCUCUGAAUCAUUCAGAUGUUCAUUGGCAAACUUCAGACGGCCCUGUAUAUGUGCUUUCUUGAGCAGGGGGACCUUGCGGGCACUGCAGGAUUUCAGUCCUUCACGGUGUAGUGUGUUACCAAUUGUUUUCUUGGUGACUAUGGUCCCAGCUGCCUUGAGAUCAUUGACAAGAUCCUCCCGUGUAGUUCUGGGCUGAUUCCUCACCGUUCUCAUGAUCAUUGCAACUCCACGAGGUGAGAUCUUGCAUGGAGCCCCAGGCCGUGGGAGAUUGACAGUUCUUUUGUGUUUCUUCCAUUUGCGAAUAAUCGCACCAACUGUUGUCACUUUCUCACCAAGCUGCUUGGCGAUGGUCUUGUAUCCCAUUCCAGCCUUGUGUAGGUCUACAAUCUUGUCCCUGACAUCCUUGGAGAGCUCUUUGGUCUUGGCCAUGGUGGAGAGUUUGGAAUCUGAUUGAUUGAUUGCUUCUGUGGACAGGUGUCUUUUAUACAGGUAACAAGCUGAGAUGAGGAGCACUCCCUUUAAAAGUGUGCUCCUAAUUUCAGCUCUUUACCUGUAUAAAAGACACCUGGGAGCCAGAAAUCUUUGUGAUUGAGAGGGGGUUAAAUACUUAUUUCCCUCAUUAAAAUGCAAAUCAAUUUAUAACAUUUUUGACAUGCGUUUUUCUGGAUUUUUUUGUUGUUAUUCUGUCUCUCACUGUUCAAAUAAACCUACCAUUAAAAUUAUAGACUGAUCAUUUCUUUGUCAGUGGGCAAACGUACAAAAUCAGCAGGGGAUCAAAUACUUUUUUCCCCCACUGUAACUGUUAAUUACAUGCAAUAUGCUUUGUGGACUUCACCGGACAGUGGUUGCUCUCCGGUUUUGUGAUGAAACAAAGGUGUUGUUGAAUUCCUUCUGCCACUGUAUCUCAGCCUUAGGCCUAUAUAUCACGGUUGCAAGGCAUAUGAACUAACAGAUUAUAGAGCAAACAACACAAUUAUCACAACACAUAGGUUAUAAUAUGACAUUUUUUUUCUGGCUUCCCCAGUGAUUUUACCCACGCACCGCUACUGCUAAAUAGUGCACUUAUUUUGACUAGAAUCCUAUAGUCAAAAGUAGUAGUAUAUUGAACUUGGACUUUACUACUAUAGCCCAUAGAUACGCAUUGACUAACACAUUCAUAAAUGGCAAAAAAAGACAGUCAAAAAAUAAAUAAUAAGGAAUAAGGUUUUGAAAUGUCUGUCCUAUAUCUAGGAGAUAUAAGCAAGCUCAGGAAAUAUUGUAGUUUUUUUGGACACAUAUUUAACCCCUUAUUUUUGGUGGUACAAAACUACCUCCAUACUUCCAUUUGUUUGCAUGGGUUUCCUUCAAAACGGAGAACGCCAUCGUGAGAGUCUCCCCUUUCCACAGGGGGGUCAUAUUAGUUUGUAGCUCAAACGUUUCAGACGCUACAGACAGAAGUUGGCACAUCAGCGUUACCUACUUCAGACGAAUCCCGUGACACUUGUGGGGGUCGUAGAGCAAAACGGAGAACACCAUCAUGUUCGUGAGAGUCUUCCCUUAUUAGAGUGGUCAUAAUACAGACAUUGUUGUGAGAAGACCGAUUUUCGGGAUGUCCCAUUGUCUGACAAACACCGCUGUAGCUCGGCCACCUUCCACUGCAGAUGCAGAAGGCCGACAUAGGCGGAUGCUGUGGAUUGAGACGCAGCCCAUGCAAAAAACCUGUUACAGUAUCUCUAGCUUCAACUGACGGAUUUUGAUGUUUUUUUUUUUUUUUUAAUGUUACAUAGAUUGACGCACGGGUGCGUUAAUAGACUCUAAAGGUUACAUUUCAAAUAAUUUCUGAGUAACAAUUAAGUACCUUACUGUGAUUGUUUUAAACAAAAAUGGUCAAAAAGAAACCAAAAUAGCUUCUUAGCGAAGAGCAAUUUCUCAAGCAAAAAUGUUGCUAGGACUGUCUGGGAGUGGUCUUAUUGGGGAGGGGAAAAAAUGAAAACUAGCUGUUAUUGGCAGAGAGGUUUGGAACUCUCUUUUUAUUGGUCUAUUAACUAAUUUACCGCUUGGUGAUGUCACCAUUCAGACCAAAACUCCAUCUCACCAAAACAGGCUGAUAUUUCAGUCGGUCUUUUCAAACAGCUCUUACACUAAAAGAGCGUUAUCAUAAUGUUCACAAUUUCAUAGUAUUAUUCCAACCUCAUAGUCAGUGGUGUAGUGGAGGGUAUACCCACUUCUUCUGGUGGGCAUUAUGUAUGCUCAUUUCUUAAUCCCCACAAUGCGUAUCUAAGUAGUGUAAAGGAGGUAUACGCAGCAUCAAUGAAUAAGGCUGAUGGAACAGAUCAGAAUGUUUUGCUUAAAAUGUUGAUAAACUAUUAUUUCUUCACAUGUUAAGCACAGCAAUGUGCACAUGGAGGUAGGCCUAUGCACAUGUGUUCAAAAAUGCAAUCUGCAGGAACAUUUGCAGUUUCAUGGACAGAGAUGGAAAUAUCAUUAGACAUUUUGAAAGAGGUGAGAUCUAAAGAUGCAACAACUAUCAUGGGCUGCUAAUAUGACUAGGAUAAUUCCUUUGGAUGCUAGACAAGGAAAGAAAGUUGAUUUGAAAACCAAUAGAACAAGAGAGCACAUAUGAGGAAGUAUUUAUAAAAUAAUUGCCUCCAUGUUUCAAUGGUUGAAUUUUGUCUAUAGGCUACUUUGAAACAAGAAGUAAGACAUGCCUCAUAAUAGGAGGUAAAACGGCCAGGUUUCAAACAACUAAGGAACAGGAAAAAUAUAUCGCUGCUAAUGAUAGGCCUAACCGUCUUCUGGUAAAUGGAAAGGCUUUCCCAAAAACCUUCUCAAUUAAAUGUCAAUUAGAAAUGUUUUUUUUUUUGUAAAAAAGAUCAAGGACGAUAAGUGUUUCCAAUGAGAUCAUCAACCAAUUAGUAGACAGUUAGGAGGCAAUUAGUAGGCAAUGCCUACUUAUAAUUGGUUAAAAUCACGUGACUCACACCGAUGAUGUCAUUGGAAACACUUAUCUUCCUCUAUCUUUUUUACUACAAAACAUAGAAACGCGCAAUUUUCACAUACAUUAUGUUGAUGUUGGGGUGGUGCUGGCAGAAUGAUAUUGUGAUUAUUUGCAUCAAUCCAGUGGCAAUUUAUUUUGCAAACUCCAUCUCAUGGAACACCGCAAACCAAACAACAGUUCUAGGUGCCUGCACAGUUGAAUUAAAGGGUAGGCCUAACUACAAUCAAAAAUGUCAAUUUCAUAGAUUUUUCCCAGACCUCAAAAGUGGUCUCCUAAUGUGGUUUAAGCAUUGCUGUGGACGUAGAACAUCCAAUUUAGUUGUUUUUUCUAUUUUAAAAAGUGUGACUUUUUAAAAUAGGAGUGAAAUCCUUGAAAAAUUGAAAACCUGUGAAUAUCUGACUCAGUUGACAGCCUCAUUUAUCUAUCAAUAGUAGGCCGCUAUUAGCCUACAAAAUCGGUGGAUGGCUGCUGAGGGGAGGACGGCUCAUAAUAAUGGCUGGAACGGCGCAAAUGGAAUGGUAUCAAACACAUGGAAACCACAGGACAAUCACAUAUUUGACUGCACUGGGCCUUUAAGUAAUCUUUUUCUUCAUCUUUUGAUCAGGUGGGCUGUAUGUUUGUGAAGAUCUCUCAGCCCAAUAAGCGUGCGGAGACCCUGGUUUUUUCUAAGAAUGCAGUGAUCUCUCUGAGAGACGACAAACUGUGUCUGAUGUUCCGGGUGGGGGACCUGCGCAGCUCCCACAUUGUAGGGGCCAACAUGAGGGCCAAACUCAUCAAGUCUAAACAGACUCAGGAAGGUGAGGCUAAUAUACCAUCCAUCGCCAUUCAAGGGGAUGCAUCCCAAAUGGCACCCUAUUCCCUAUAUAGUGCACGACUUUUGGUUUUAAAAAAUAGUGCACUAUAUGGGGAAUAGGGUACCAUUUGGGAUGCGGGAAUAGGGUACCAUUUGGGAUGCAGAAUACACAUAUACUCUAUUUCUGUCUACUAUGGAAGCAUUCAGAAAAUAUUCAGACCCCUUCCCUUUUUCUACUUUUUGUUACGUUACAGCCUUAUUCUAAAAUUGAUUAAAUAAUUGUUUUCCCUCAUCAAUCUAUACACAAUACACCAUAAUGACAAAGCGAAAACAGGUUUUUAGAAAUGUUUGAACAUUUAUUAAAAUGAAAAAAACGAUGCCUUAUUUACGUAAGUAUUCAGACACUUUGCUAUGAGACUCGAAAUUGAGCUCAGGUGCAUUCUGUUUCCAUUGAUCAUCCUUGAGAUGUUUCUACAACUUGAUUAGAGUCCACCUGUGGUAAAUUCAAUUGAUUGGAUAUGAUUUGGAAAGGCACACACCUGUCUAUAUAAGGUCCCACAGUUAACAGUGCAUGUCAGAGCAAAAACCCAAACCAUGAGGUCGAAGGAAUUGUCCGUAGAGCUCCGAGACAGGAUUGUGUCGAGGCACAGAUCUGGGGAAGGGUACCAAAACAUUUCUGCAGCAUUGAAGGUCCCCAAGAACACAGUGGCCUCCAUAAUUUUUAAAUGGAAUAAGUCAAUUUAGUCUAUUCCUAGAGCUGGCCGCCCGGCCAAACUGAGCAAUUGAGGGAGAAGGGCCUUGGUCAGGGAGGUGACCAAGCACCCGAUGGUCACUCUGACAGAGCUCCAGAGUUCCUCUGUGGAGAUGGGAGAACCUUCCAGAAGGACAACCAUCUCUGCAGCACUCCACCAAUCAGGCCGUAUUGGUAGAGUGGCCAUACGGAAGCCACUCCUCAGUAAAAGAUACAUGACUUCCCGCUUGGAAUUUGCCAAAAGGCACCUAAAGGACUCUCAGACCAUGAGAAACAAGAUUCUCUGGUCUGAUGAAACCAAGAUUGAACUCUUUGGCUUGAAUGCCAAGCGUCACAUCUGGAGGAAACCUGGCACCAUCCCUACGGUGAACCAUGUUGGUGGCAGCAUCAUGCUGUGAAGAUGUUUUUCAGCGGCAGGGACUAGGAGACUAGUCAGGAUCGAGGGAAAGAUGAAAGGAGCAGAACAGAGACAUCCUUGAUGAGAACCUGCUCCAGAGCACUCAGGACCUCAGACUGGGGCGAAGGUUAACCUUCCAACAGGACAUCAACCCCAAGCACACAGCCAAGACAACGCAGGAGUGGCUUCGUGACAAGUCUCUGAAUGUCCUUCAGUGGCCCAGCCAGAGCCAGGACUUGAACCUGAUCUAACAUCUCUGGAGAGACCUGAAAAUAGCUGUGCAGCGAUGCUCCACAUCCAAUCUGAAGAGAAGAAUGGGAGAAACUCCCCAAAUACAGGUGUGUCAAGCUUGUUGCAUCAUACUCAAGAAGACUCGAGGCUGUAAUCGCUGCCAAAGGUGUUUCAACAAAGUAUUGAGUAAAGGGUCUGAAUACUUAUGUAAAUGUGAUAUUUCCGUUUUUCAUUUUUAACAAAUUAGCAAAAUUUCUAAAAACCUAUUUUUGCUUUGUCAUUAUGGGGUAUUGUGUGUAGAUUAAUGAGGUGGGGGGGACAAUUUAAUCAAUUUUAGAAUAACGCUGUAAUGUAACAAAAUGUGGAAAAAGUAAAGGGGUCAGAAUACUUUCCAAAUGCACUGUGUGUGUGUGUGUGUGUGUGUGUGUGUGUGUGUGUGUGUGUGUAUAUAUACAGUACCAGUCAAAAGUUUGGACACACCUUCUCAUUCCAGGGUUUUUCUUUAUUUUUACUAUUUUCUACAAUGUAGAAUAAUAGUGAAGACAUCAAAACUAUGAAAUAACACAUUUGGAAUCAUGUAGUAACCAAAAAAGUGUUAACCAAAUCAAAAAUAUAUUUUAGAUUCUUCAAAGUAGCCACCCUUUGCCUUGAUGACAGCUUUGUACACUCUUGGCAUUCUCUCAACCGGCUUCACAUGGAAUGCUUUUCCAACAGUCUUGAAGGAGUUCCCACAUCCUGAGCACUUGUUGGCUACUUUUCCUAAACUCUGCGGUCCAACUCAUCCCAAACCAUCUCAAUUGGGUUGAGGUCGGGUGAUUGUGGAGGCCAGGUCAUCUGAUGCAGCACUCCAUCACUCUCCUUCUUAGUCAAAUAGCCCUUACACAGCAUGGAGGUGUGUUGGGUCAUUGUCCUGUUGAAAAACAAAUGAUAGUCCCACUAAGCGCAAACCAGAUGGGAUGGCGUAUCGCAGCAGAAUGCUGUGGUAGCCAUGCUGGUUAAGUGUGCCUUGAAUUCUAAAUAAAUCACAGACAGUGUCACCAGCAAAGCAACCCCACACCAUAACACCUCCUCCUCCAUGCUUUACGGUGGGAAAUACACAUGCGGAGAUCAUCCGUUCACACACACCGCGUCUCACAAAGACACAGCAGUUGGAACCAAAAAUCUCAAAUUUGGAUUCCAGACCAAAGGACAAAUUUCCAUCGGUCUAAUAUCCAUUGCUCGUGUUUCUUGGCCCAAGCAAGUCUCUUCUUCUUAUUGGUGUCCUUUAGUAGUGGUUUCUUUGCAGCAAUCGACCAUGAAGGCCUGAUUCACACAGUCUCCUCUGAACAGUUGAUGUUGAGAUGUGUCUGUUACUUGAACUCUGUGAAGCAUUUAUUUGGGCUGCAAUUUCUGAGGCUGGUAACUCUAAUGAACUUAUCCUCUGCAGCAGAAGUACCUCUGGGUCUUUCAUUCCUGUGGCAGUCCUCAUGGGAGCCAGUUUCAUCAUAGCGCUUGAUGGUUUUUAUGACUGCACUUAAAGAAACUUUCAAAGUUCUUGAAAUGUUCCGGAUUGACUGACCUUCAUGUCUUAAAGUAAUGAUGGACUGUCGUUUCUCUUUGCUUAUUUGAGCUGUUCUUGCCAUAAUAUGGACUUGGUCUUUUACCAAAUAGGGCUAUCUUCUGUAUACCCACCCCCUACCUUGUCACAACACAACUGAUUGGCUCAAACGCAUUAAGAAGGAAUGAAAUUCCACAAAUUAACUUUGAAGAAGGCACACCUGUUAAUUGAAAUGCAUUCCAGGUGACUACCUCAUGAAGCUGGUUGAGAGAAUGCCAAGAGUGUGCAAAGCUGUCAUCAAGGCAAAGGGUGGUUACUUUGAAGAAUCUCAAAUAUAAAAAUGUGUUUAACACUUUUUUGGUUACUACAUGAUUCCAUAUGUGUUAUUUCAUAGUUUUGAUGUCUUAACUAUUAUUCUACAAUGUAGAAAAUAGCAAAAAUAAAGAAAAACCCAGGAAUGAGUAGGUGUGUCCAAACUUUAUAUAUAUAUAUAUAUAUGCUCACUAAGGGCAUAUUUCCUGGACACAGAUUAAGCCUAGUCCUGGACUGAACCUAGCCCUGAAGGUCUCAUAACUCACUUCUCACCUGCUCUCUCAUGCUCCCCCUCUCCUCAUCUCGCCCUGCCUCUCCAUCUCUCCUCCUAUCCAUCUCACCCCCUCUCGCCCUCUCCUCCUCUCCCCCUCUCCAGGUGAGUUUAUCCCUCUGGACCAGACAGACAUCAGUGUGGGUUUUGAGACAGGGGACGACCGCCUGUUCCUGGUGUCUCCGCUGGUCAUCUCCCACGAGAUCGACUCCCACUCGCCCUUCUGGGACAUGUCUCAAGGCCAGCUGGAGAAAGACGAUUUCGAAAUGGUCGUCAUCCUGGAGGGAAUGGUGGAGGCCACAGGUUAGUCCAUGGUUGCGUCUCAAAUGGCGCCCUAUUCAAUAUAUAGUGCACAACUUUUGACAAGGGCCCAAAGGCAAUAGGGUUGUCAUCCUGGAAAGAAUGGUGGAGGCCACUGGUUAGUCCAUUUCCUGAAUCCCAAAUGGCAACCUAUUAAAAAACAAGUGUAAAACCGCACACUAGAAAAGACAGGCAACCGACUUAAUUUCUUUUUCAUUUGCAGUGAAUCAACGGACAACGCAUUUCGUUACAGAUCUUCAGGUUCACAUACGCACACCAUAUUUAUUCACAGUUUGUAUACUAUUUGAACUAUGCCUCUGCCUGUUCUCAUGAUCUGUUAUGAGACUGUUGUACAGUGUGGUGCACCCACAGAGAUCCUACACACACACACACAAACAGUGAAUUCUAUGAUAUCUAUGGGUGCACCAUGCUUUGAAAGUGGAAGUGCCUUCACUGCCCACUGAGAAAAGAUUUGCUUAGUCAUCAUAGUAGCUGAAGGGGAGCUGCCAGGGGAGGUUAAUACAGUAUGUGUUCUCACUAUGGGUGGGUGUGUGUUUGUUGGCACCCCCAGGUAUGACGUGCCAGGCGCGGAGCUCUUACCUGGCAGAUGAGGUCCAGUGGGGUCACAGGUUCAGCCCUAUGAUGUCACUGGCCGAAGGGUUCUUUGACAUCGACUAUGGCUCCUUCCAUCAAACCUUUGCGGUAAGAACACACACACAACACUCCAGAAAGCAGCAAGGGCCGCGGUGUGCUAGCGAUCACCUGCUGGAUGUCGACGAGUGGUGGCGAUUCAACAUGUGGAAAUAAACAGCUGCUUUUAAUUAUGUACCUGGCUAUGUGCAUCACUGCCACUAGAACAGAACAGAACAAAACAACACAGUUAACCGUUUGUCCCUCUGGUAUGUUUUCUCUUUUACUCUUGUCAUGUCACCAAAAUGAUUUUUAACGUCUUCUUUCAAGUUGUGUCUGAUAACUGCAGCUCAUAACUAUUUUUCCCUUAGGUGGACACUCCCUCCUGCUCAGCGCACGAACUCUCAUUGGCUGCGGCCCGAUUGGAGGCUCAUCUGUAUUGGUCGAUCUCCAGUAAGUUGGAUGAAGAGAAAUGGGAGGGAUCUUCUCUAACCAACCAAUCAGGGAAGCAGCUAGACAAUGGGAAAGGAGGGGUCGUUGGCCCCACAUUUAUUGUCGGAGAGAUCACUGGAAUACAAGAGCAGUCAGGACCAGGAGAGUUGAAUGGUUGUGUCACCACUGACCAGUCAGAAUCAGAGGCCUAAAGUAGAUCUGGUGGAGUUCCAAAAUGGCACCCUAUUCCCUAUAUAGUGCACUACCUUUGACCAAAGCCCUGGUCAAAAGUUGGGCACUAAAUGGGGAAUGGGGUGCCAUUUUGGGACAUACUCUCCAUGACAUGACAGGAGGACCCACAACUACAGUACUGAAAUUACUUUUAGCUAAUGAAUAGUAUACAGCCAUAGAACAUUUGUUCCCAAGGGAGAGAUGGGUGGUUUAAAAAGUCUCAUUGCUACUUCAUUGCUUUGUUUAAUAACACUGACUAGAAAUGACAAAUUAUAUUAAUUACAUUUUGUCUUUAAUUUCUUGGGUGAUAUUUAAUUCUUACCAUGAGUGUCUGUGCUAUACUAGAAUUAUAUUUUCUCUUCUGUUUAUUGCUCCGAUCAUCUCUGCCAACAUACAUUAUAUUAAUUAAUACACUGUUAUUUCAAAUAAUUAAGUAUUGACAAUUCUUAGUCAGGAAAGAGGAUGUUCAGCCAGGUAAGAUACUGGAAUGUUCAGAGACAUAGAAAGAGAAGCAUGUUUUGGAACAUUCUGGAACAUUCAGAGAAAUAGAAGCAUGUCAUGUUUUGGCUGAAUGGGGGAGUCAAUGUAUAAAAAGGAAAGAUGUAUUACAGAUAAUGUGAUAGAGUGUGAUAGAAGAGAACAUGUAUGUUUUUCACUUUAACAUGUAUAAAGGAAUAGAUUGAAAUUGUAUCCCUAAAUCUGUAUCUAAAAAAACAAAAUAAGGAUUGUUUUAAAAUAUAUAUAGAAGUCUACGUUAAGAAUGGAUGACAUUAAAACAACUGCCGUUUUGUGAUUCAUUUAGCUGUACAAUCAUUACUGUGUUCAAUUAAAUGUUCACAUCACAAGUACUGUAGCUUAUCACUGACCCCAUCCCAAUAGGGUGAGUAGUGGAAGUAUUAAUCCAACAAGCUUUGAGAAAAAACCAAGCAUUUGCUCUCUUGGGAAUGUUUCAAUGCGCUUUCACAUAGAAUGUAAGUAGCACAAUUAAAUAUUUUCUUUCGAUAGCCUCAUAGGAUUUAAGCACAACAGUGUCCUGCUCAGCUCAGCUCAGCCCAGCCUCCUGCUUCUGCUGCGGUGUACAUAUGUGAGCGUUUUUAAUAUAGAAAAAUUACAUCUAUAAGAAUUAAUAAACUAUAUUCCACACCAACUUUCUUCAUCUUUGCCCCUCACUUUUAUCAAUGUGGUCAUUAUUGCACUUUGCACUGUUAAUCCUUGGGGGUACACUGUUUCACUGAACAAUUUCACUUCUAUCUCUCAAUCCAUUUGUCCAACAAUUUGUUUUGUGUGAGACAAUCUGGGUUAGAUAGAGUCUAUUGGCAAUACUUGACAAAUCAGAAGUUGCCAGUUCACUCAAUGUAGCACAGCAUCUGUGAGAAGAGACUAGUGUACCAGUUCACCAAUCCCUAGGAUGAAAUCCCUAUCUUGUCCUCACGAUGGCACUGAAGAGCUCAGGCCUGUUGGCUGGACAGUGAGGGGUCCCCGCUGUUUCCUAGGCAACAGGUCAUGCUCAGGGAGAUGGUAAUCACUAGUUACCUCAGCCAACAAAGGCAUUAUGUUAAAACCCAACCUAUUCUACAAUUUAUAUUCUUAAAAUAUGAUUUUAAACCUAACCCUAACCACACUGCUAACCUUAUGCCUAUAUGCCUUAUUGUAGAUUCUGGAAUUCAUCAUUCCAGAAUCUACAAGGGCUCUCUGCCCUCUUAUCCACGCAGGACGAGGAUGAUGAAGAUGAUUGUAAGGUAAGGCAUUGCUAACGUUCAUCAUUGAGAUAAGCUGCACUUCUUUUGUGUAAACAAACUUGCUAAUAAAACUUUUUUGGCAAACAAACAUGACGUUACAACUUCUCCAGUUGAGUUAGCUAGAUAGCUAAAACCAUAGAGAUCCUAUUCAAUUACUAGAGGGGCUAUGUCAUAAACCCUCAGUUCCAGAAUGCGGUGAAAAUAGCAGCCAUUGGGAGAAAUCCAAAACCAGUCUAAUUGGAAUGAAUGGCAGGAGAGGCAUAGGUGAUGCAUUUCCUGAUUUCACUUAUGCAGGAAAAUGAAAGUAAGUGUCACGAAUUCAGCCGAACCUGCCCCUCCUCCUUGCUCGGGCAUGCUUCGGCGUUCGGCGUCACCGGAGUACUAGCUGCUACCGAUCCAUGUUUCUAUGUUCUACUUGUUUUGUCUGUAUCGGUCUCACCUGUUUCCCAUCAUGUAGUGAUGUCUUCCCUAUUUAACCCUCUGGCUCACACUGUGUGUUGUGCGUGUUUGUCCAUGUUUUUGGUUGUCGUAUGUGAGCGGGUUUGUGCCUCGCUGCGUGGAGGUAUGUUCAUUAAGAUACCUACGAGAAAACCUACGAGUAAAGUACGUUUUUCGAUUAGCUCUGUGUCCUGCGCCUGACUUCGUCCUACCGCAUUACACUGACGCCUUGAAAGUAAGGCAUGUGAUAUCAGAAAUUGUGUAAUAGAAAUAUUGUCAAUCUAAUAAAAAGACAAACAUAAUAUUGUCAUAUCCUUAUACAGUUUAUAUAGGUUUUAUGCCAAUUUGCUGUAUAAAUAGCCUCUAGACUAGAAUAUAUGUAAACAGACCAUAAAUGCCUAAAUUCUUGUUGUGAGUGUUAUUAGGCUGUGAGUGUUACAUGAGACAAUAUCACUACCUGUUGCAUUUACAACUUGUCUAAGUCCUAUCACUGAUUUCAGCCAGUGUAUGGCUGUGGAUUGACGGCAUUGUUUGAAUGGAAUGUUGGUAUAUUGGCAGUUAAUUUGAAAAAUGUAUGGAAUGGCUGGCUAGCUAGCUAACAAACAUACAGUGCAUAUACAUUCUUCAAAUUCAUUGUUUUACACAGUAUCUUAUCACAGCACUCGCAAACAACGGUUGACCAACUCCCUUACCAAAAUGGCUUAGCUGAGUCAGGACAAAAAGUCCCUUCAUAUCAGGGCAAUAACAACCUUUUAAGUGACAAAAAGGCACCCUAUUCCCUAUAGGGCACUACUUUUGACCGGAACCCAUAGGGCUCUGAUCAAAGUAGUGCACUACAUAGGGACCAGGGUGCCAUUUGGGACGCAAACAUUCAUAACAAGCAGUGUAUGCUGUAGGUAUAACAGCCUAUGCAAAGAAGGACAGUAAAGCCAUCUGGAGUGAGGCUUAGGGGUUAAGGUUACAAUUAUGGUAAGAAUUAGGGUGAGGGAAAAUAUCAUUUUGAAUGGAAAUCAAUUUUAGGUCCCCACAAGGAUAGUAAAACACAUAUUGUGUGUGUGUGUGUGCAUGCAUGCCAUGCGUGUUGAUAUGAGUGAUAAUGUGCUAUAAUGAUUAUUACUGAGUCAGAUUGUUUGUGUUGUUGUUCAGGUAUGACAUAGUGUUGAAGCAGAGUGUUGGGACAGAGGACAUGUUUCUUGGGAUGACCAGAAAGUAGCUACUAUAGCGGCCAACUCUAAUGCAAUUUAUCUUCUUGAAUCUAUUACUUGACUUACUUGACUUACUCAUAAGGAACAUAAGCAAUUGACGAAUGGAAUGUCCUCCAUCACGGUUCAGGGAAAAAAUGUAUUACACCCAUCUGAAAUUCUAGUGCAGAAAUAUAUUAACUUUUUCCCUGCCAGACACCAAAGCAACAGAUAUAGUCCUGGAUGGAUGUGAAGGAGAAAUUCCUUGAUCUGCGAACACCAAACUUCUAAGUUGCUUGCCUGUCAUCCUUCUGCAAAGAGUUCCAGGUUAUCAAUCCACUGCCAGAAAACGCUUUGCCACGAUUUGCUGACCUCCUCUCGUGUUUUAUCUCUAUCUAAAAGUGUUUUAUCUCUAUCUAAAACAUCUGUCAUCUCAGCCAUGACUGAAAAUCCCCUCUUUAUCUCUCCCUUUCUCUGUCUGUCUGUCGGUCUCUGUCUGACUGUCUGUUUGACACACACACAAUUUCUCUGUCUCGCUCUUUUUUCCCCUCUCAUUAAAUCCUUACUUAUCUCUUGACAGUAAACUGGGCCUACACCUUCCGCACCCAGUACACAGUCAGGAGGAAAAAGCCCAGUUCUACAAUGAAAGACAGGAGCUGGAGGUCACGCUACCCAUGAACAGCUUCAUGGACCAAAGCAACCUGCAAUGA